AUGGAUAUAGACGAUUUCUUAAAAUGUAAUAAUUUAAGCAUACAAAAAGAUAAAAUAAAAAAUAUUUGUCAUAAUAAAAUUGGAAUACUUAUAACAAAUUUAGGAAGUCCUGCUAAACCAACUUUUUGGUCUCUAUAUAAAUAUUUGUCGCAAUUUCUGAGAGAUCCUCGAGUUAUCAAAGCCAAUCGUUUUAUAUGGUUCCCAAUUCUGUACAGCUACAUUUUACCAUUCAGGAGUCGAAAAUCGGCUCUAAAAUAUAAAAACAUAUGGACAGACAAAGGGUCACCAUUAUGUGUUAAUACACAUAAUCAAUAUUUGGCUUUGAAAAAACGGCUAUUUGAAAAAUACAAGGAUAAAGUCGAAAUAAGUUAUGGAAUGAGAUAUGGGGAGCAAUCAAUAAAAGAAGGUUUAAACAUUUUAAAAAUGUCAAAUAUAAAUAAGCUACUAGUUAUUCCAUUAUACCCCCAAUCAGCAGAAUGUACCGUUGCAUCCACUUUGGAUUGUAUAUCUGAUAAUUUAAAGGGGUGGCAAAAUAUUCCAGAAUUAAGAUUUUUAUCUGGUUAUUGCUUUAAUGAAAAAUAUAUAGAUAGCAUAAAAGAAAAUAUCGAAAAAUUUUGGGAAAAAAAUGGGAAAGGGAAAAAAUUAAUAAUUUCUUAUCAUUCAUUGCCAGUUAAAUAUGUACAAGAUGGAGAUUUAUAUCCUUUUUUUUGUAUUGAAAGUACAAAUAUAUUAAUUAAAAAAUUAAAUCUUAAAAAAGAAGAAUAUACAUUAGUUUUUCAAUCAAGAAUAAAAGGACAAAAAUGGAUUCAACCAUGUAUAGAAGAUGUUUUAAAAAAAUUGUCUACAGAAGGAUGUGACAUAGUUGAUAUAAUUUGCCCAUCCUUUUCAUCAGAUUGUUUAGAAACUUUAGAUGACAUCGAAAUUACUUAUAAACAUAUUUUUCAAUCAUAUGGAAAUGGACAAUUAAGAUAUAUUCAUUGUUUAAAUUAUUCAAAAUUAGGGAUUGAUAUGAUUAUGAAUAUUAUUGACAAAAAUCUGAUUGGCUGGUAA